CCCUCCCCCUCCUCUGCCCCCUCACUCGCCCGGCUUCCUCUCUCCGCUGCCGCUGCAGCUCUAAGACUCCAGGCCUGCCGCCGGGCUCUGCCGGCGUCCCCCGCCCCCAGCCUCUCUCCUGCCUCCUGCCGCCGUGCCCGCCAUGAAGGGCGGCGAGACCCUCGGAGCCCGCGCCGUCUUCCUCUUCACGGCGAUGUGCAUCGUCGGGUGGAGCUGCGCGAUGUGCACCUCGAGCUGGGUGUCCAAGAAGAACCCGUACUACCGCCUCGAGGGCGGGCUCUUCGAGCUGCAGCUGAAGACGGGCUACCUUGGCUCGCUGGCCGCCGCCCUCAUCGACCCCGUCACCGCGAACGCGAUGUCGUGGGUGAACUCGCUCGUGGAGAAGAAGUACAGGCUGGACGAGUUCCGCGAGCACAUGUGUGCCCUGCCGAAGGUGCCCAAGAUCACCGACAACGCGUGCAUGGUCUCGCAGUUCCUGCAGUUCGCGUCCUGGGGCCUCGUCCUGGCCGUCGUGCUGAGCUUCGUGGCCAUGCUCGCUGGCGCGGCCCUGCUGUACCGGUACGUGUACGUGAGGCCGAAGGCCGUGCUGCGCGUGUGGACGCGGACCCCCGGAAUCGCGUACGCGCUCGCGCUCCUCCUGCAGCUCGGCGGGCUCGCGCAGUACGCAUGGGCGGCCAACCUGGUCGUCCAGAUGUACCCCCGCACGGGCGGUGCGCACCUCGGGCACAGCGUCGUCUUCGGGGCCUCCGCCUCGCUGGGCUCGGUGGCGGCCCUCUUCGCGCUGGCCGUCCUCGUGGGGAAGUCCACGGAGGAGCAGUUCAACGAGGCCGUCUCCGAGCAGAAGAAGCUGAUCCGCGACGACCCCGAGCUGUACGGCUCCGCCGGCGGCACCGCGACGGGUGCCCCCGCCGAGGCCGCCGCCUACGAGGGCGGAGCCUUCCACGCGGAGAACGCCUUCGGAGCGGUCGCCCAAGAGGGCGCCUACGGCGGCGGCGCCUGCGGCGGCGGCUACGCCUACGGCGGCGGCGGCGCCUACGGUGGCGGCACCGCGUACGGCGCCGCGGGCGCCUCGUACGGGGGCGCGGGCGCCUCGUACGGCGCCGCGGGCGCCUCCUACGUCGGCGGUGCCUGCGGCGGCGUGGGCGCCUACGGCGGCGCGGGCGCCUACGGCGGCGCCAGCGCCUACGGCGGCGGCGGCCAGGGCGCUUGCGCGCCGCACGACGACUUCGGCAUCCAGCCCAGCUACGCUCCAGGGCAGCCGACUGGCUGGGCGGGUCAGACCGCGGGCGCCUGAGGGCCCUUCGGGGCGGGCAGGGGUCGUCCGAGGCCGCUCCGCGGACGAGGGUGCGCAGAA